GUUUUUUCGGUUUUCAAACUUUUCUUGUUGAUUUUGUGUUCGUUUCGUAUAGCGCUUUUGUAAAUAACGGAAUAUUUUUCUUCGCGCAAAUGGCAAUGCUAUGAUUAAUGAUUAAUCGGUUAUUAAGCGGGGCCAAAGAAUUCCAGGACGCGUGCCUGCCUGCACUUAUGAAAUUGUAGUCCACGAUCAGAGAAACCCACGGUGAUCCGAUCCAACCCGUGUACCGUAUUCGUGAAGACGUGCCAUCUUCCUUUUUCUCAUUUGAAUUUUCUUGUUUGGAAGAUUGUUGCCGAAGGGUUGCUGCAAGCAUUCCACCAUGUUGCAAAGUGCACUGGCUGCUCUGCGGCAGCAAGUGUGGCCGACGUACGCUGGAGGCGCCUGCUAUCAGCUGGCCGUCAGAACGGCCAAACGAAAGCAUCUCCGUAUUGCCGCGCGCAGGAAGCGAGAAAUGGAAAACAAACUGAAAGCCAAGGAGAAGAUUAUCGAAAAGACCUUCGUACCGUAUAAAAUCCGACUGCUGCAGCAGAACGCACCAAAAGUUCGCUAUGACGAGCUUCUGGCGCAGCAGUUCCCAUUUACUCCUACGGAUAAUGUGUGGUUCCAGAAAUCUUACAUGAAACGCGUAUGCAGCUUGGACGAAGCUCUGCAGUUUCACCGUGAAGCCUGUCAUCCGACGGUGCUAAAUAUCCCCGAAGCACCGCUGCUGCUCGAUGUCGAAUUGAAUAUGAAAACGGAUAAAGAAAAAUUUUUGGACACGGUUCAAGGACUCGUAAUGCUUCCUCACACCGAAGAUACGAGAGUUCGACGAAGUGUAAUCGCCUUUUGCAAGAAUAUCGAAGAUCAACACAAGGCUUUGGAAGCGGGGGCUGAUAUAGCCGGAGGAGAGGAACUCGUGACAAAAAUUGAAAAAGGCGAAGUAAAAGUAGACAAUAUCGCCUACGCUGUGAGCCAUGUGGAUACUAUUGUUGAUGUCUUGCGGCUCAGAGGGAUUUUGAAGAAGGCGCUACCUGAAAAAAAGAGAGGGAUGGUCGGCACAGAUAUGGCAACUAUGACACGUACAUUUGCCACUGGAAUACAGUAUGAUAGUUUCAAAGUGCGCGGCGAGUUGUGGUGGGCCCAUGUGAAAUUUCCCAUUGGCAAAGUGAAUAUGCCGGAUCAGCAUGUAAAAGAGAAUUUGGAAGUCUUUCUGAAAUCCGUGACAAUCCUGAAGCCAGCUGAUUUAGGUUUUAUCCUGAAAGGCGUUUUACGAGCAGAAGGGUCAACCGAAGAGUUUGUAAUUGAUUUGCAGCCCUACAUCCCGAAGGUUGAGAAGGUGAAAAAGGGAAAAAAGGGUAAAACAGACGAGGUCAAAUUUGUUGAACCGGCGACAAACGUGGCGGACGGUGAUGCGCAGGAGCGCCAGGCUGUGCAAGCUUAGAUUAUUUUGGUUUGAUUGCGUUACCUGGACGAUGUUUUGUACGCGAACUUAUGAAUUGUCACUUUUCUUGCAGAGCAAGGCGUGACGUGCAAAAAUGGCUAAAAAUGUUAGAAUUCGUUUUACUGUACAUAGCAGUUGCUGCUGUUUUUAUAAUAAAAAUGGAGAAGUUGGAAAUGUGUAGUUUAAAUUACCUAACAUAAAUAAAUUGCAA